CCUCCUUGGGCAACCUGUGCCAGUGCGUCACCACCCUCUGGGGGAAAAACUUCCUCCCCAAAAUAAUUUAUAUUCUCCCCACAUAUGUAUGAAGACAAAAGUUCUUGCCUCCCAUCCUCUGCUCUGUCAGCACAGUUUGACAACUUGCCCCAGGGCACAAAGCAGAUAACAGCCACUGCCAGGAAACGAGACUGUUCCAGGGUAAUGUCACUGAAGCCCUGAGGCAGAGCUGAAGGUACUUAAGAUUCAUAUCUUGGCCACCAGCGGUGAGAAACGAAGCAGCUUCCUUCCGAUGAGCACAGAUCAGAAAGCAGAAGCUGAAUGGGAGCUGCUGUGUUGCAGUGUGGUGUUGGUGUGGGUUUGGUUCAGCUCAGAGGAUGCUCCCCCCAUGAGCAGCUGAACAAGUUGAACUCAGCACUGCUCACAGCCCUGACUUCCCUGAGCUUUCUUCAGACGUGUCCUUCCCCUCUGCCUCCAUCAGCAUCCUCAGCUCUCCAAAGUAACACACCCAAGUCAGUCACUGACACAACUUGGUGUAAUUCCCCACCUAAUGACUGAUAGUCUUCCACUGACCUAAAGACACUGCAUCCUCACCUCUGGAUUCAACAGUUUGGGGUCUGAGACGUAGACAGCAUAGUUCCAAAAUGGCAGACAGUUGCAGUGCCAUCUCCUCCCAGACCCAAGGCAGAAAAUGAAGGCAAGGAUGGGAACACCAAUCCUUGGAGCAUUUAUAGCCCCCAGGAAACAGGCACAGAGAGGAAGAGCUGCCAGCUUCCUUCCCAUAGCUAGAUGGCAGGUUGUUGGGAUUUAGAGCCCAGCAUCAGCUGCCAUCUGCUCAGUAGCUGCUUUCAGCAUGCCAGGCUCCUCACAAACCCAGACGUGGAGGAACUCUGCCCGACAGAGUUUCACACACCCCACCUGUAAUGAGCUGGAAUUCAAAUUCUGGAGGCUGACACCGACGCUGGGUAAGGGGAUACCUGCUGCAUUUACAUCCCUGCACCUGCGCUGCUCUGGGUGGGAGCAGCACUGAGGUCCCCCCAGCCCUAUAUAGGGCUGCACUCAGGACACACAGCCCAGCCAACCUCAGCUCCAGCACAGAAGAGCUGCCCCCGGUGCAGGAUGGCCGAGCAGCACGAGUACAACGUGACUUUAUCCAUUAACACCUUUGUGGUUGUCUUCACCUUGCAGGCUCUGGCCGGCAUGGGGAUCAACGCCUUCAUCGUGGCUGUGUCUUGUAUGGCAUGGUUCAAAAAGAAAAGCAUGAACUCUAACGAGAAGAUUUUGCUGUUCCUGGGCUGCUUCAGGUUUUGGCAUUUGUGCGCCACAUGGAUAUACAUGAUUAUUUCAGCAUUGUUUCCCCAGCUUCUUUCAAGCACGAGCACAUCCCUCGCCUUUGCAAUUUUCCUGUGCUUCUUAAAUUCAUCCAAUUUGUGGACUUCUGCCUGCCUUUAUGGGUUCUACUGUAUAAAAAUCGCUAACUUCAGGCACCACUUCUUCAUCUACCUGAAAGCCAGAAUCGACAGGAUUGUGCCAUGGCUGCUGCUGAGCUCCGUGCUUCUGUCCCUGCUCAACUGCAGCCCUUUCCUUGAGGUUAUUGAUGAAGAAAACAGUGGCACCAGCACCAAUUUCACCACCCAUGGGUUGUUCUGGAAAUUGAACCAAGAAAUAAGGGAACAUUUUAACACUAUCAUUUCAGUCACCGCAUCUGGGUUUUCCAUGGCAUUCAUCAUGGUGAUCUUCUCUGCCUCCCUCCUCCUCUUCUCCCUCUGCAGACACAAGUACAAGAUGCGGAGCAGCUCCGCCAGGAGCCUCUGUGUGGACGCCCACAUCAAAGCCAUGAAAUCCCUUUUGUCCUUCUUCUUCACCUACAGCAUCAACUACAUCAUCUUGAUCUCAACGGUGAAUUACAACAGUGAGAAAAACCUGCUGACAUUGCUCCUUUUGGUCCUUCAAUACGCUUUUCCAGUCCUGCAUUCCCUCAUUCUGAUUUUUAGCAACCCCAGACUGGAAAGGAUAGUGCUAAGGAUUCUGCCCUGUGCAAAGUGCAAGGACUGCACCAGGCAGCCCACCGAAACAAUGAUGCUCUGUUCUUAACCUCAGGUCCUGCCAUCUCCAAAGGACUCCUCAGGACACAGCGGGCGAUACAGGUCUUCUAACUUCUAUUUCUAAAGUAGAACAAAUCAUUACGCUCUUGUGAGCUGAAUGAAUUAUUGUUAUUGCUUGCUUGGUACCCACACUGGAGCAGUGGAAGAGCGUGAGGAGGUGUGAGCCGCAGUGCCCCUCGUGUCACUCAGAGGGGAGGAGGUCAAAGAGCUGGGAAUGAAGGGGGAAAGUUGAGCCUGGGAAAAAGGGCGAUGUGAGAAGGUGUUCUGGUUUUCCUACUCUGUUCUCUCCAUGGGCAAUAAAUUAACUUUCCCAAGGUCAACAUUAUUUGUCAGUGAUGGCAAUUGGUAACGAUCCCCUGCUGUUAUCUCAGCCCAGGAGCUCUUUCAUCCCAUUUUUCCCCCCCAGUCUGCAAAGAGGGGGCACUGAGAGAGAGUCAAGCAGGAGUCUGCCAGCAGCCAUGCAACCAGCACAGCUGGGUAUACAGCAAAUAGAUCCAGCACAGGGCAGAGCCUGAACUGUUCACUGCUUUGGCCAGAUCAGGUCCAGAUGAGCUGCCAAACUCUGCUGGGUCCCACUCUGUCAAUGGGACACACUCUGCAUCACCCACAUGUCCUGAGAGGGUCAGAUGCCAUCCGGUGCCAU